AUGCCCUUGCGGCAGGGGAUCACCAUGAGCAGCACGUUUAGCGAUGAUGCUGUUCCGGACCUCGACCCCGGUACCACUGCCGGCCUGCUCGCUGAGCGACUUCAGGCAUGGAAGCACGCUGUCGCAUAUCUUGAGGACUACGUGGGAUCCGUGGAAAAGAUCCACAAGUCCCAUGCCAAAGAGUAUGAGAAGGUGCUGAAGACCAUUUCUCAGCCUCUUAAGGAGGGCAGGCACUUUGACCAGGACCUUGGCGGAGUCGCGGGCUUCUUCGAAAACAUGCGUGUCAACACCCAGGCUAUGGUCAACUCCAAUGCCGAGACCGAGAAGACUAUUAAGGGGACUGUUCUUCCAAUUCUCGACAGACUGCACAAGGAGAUCAAGACCAAGGCCAAGGAGGUCCUCCACGGGGCUCAGAAGAGCGGCAAGGAGGUCGAAAAGGCCAGAAACACCACCCAGAAGCAUAUUGAGCUCCUCGGACAGCAUACAGCGGCAUUCGAGUCAACGGGUGCGCGCAUGAACCCAGCUGACGACCCCUACAUCGUCCAGCGGGGUGUUCAUCACAGGCUGAACAAGCAAGUCAUCGAGGAGAACAACCACCGAAACGAUUUGAUUCAUGUGCAGGAUAGCUUCCAAGCUUUCGAGGCUCACGUUAUACAGGUAGUGCAGCAGGCUAUGGAGGCAUUCACCGCCGUUGUGGGAGGACAGGCCGAGAAGACGCGCGCGCUCUACUCGGACAUGCUCGGCGCCGCUCAGCGCAUUCCUCCUGAUUUUGAAUGGAAAGGCUUCCAGCACCGAGAAGGUGACAUGUUGGUCAACCCCAACGACCCUCCUCGUAGUGCCGACUCCAUCACGUUUCCUAAUCAGGAUCACGCCUCCACGAAGCCAUUGAUUGAAGGCAGCCUAGAAAGGAAGUCGCGCAACAAGUUAUCAUGGGGCACGCAGACGGGCUAUUACGUUGUGACCCCGUCAAAGUUUCUCCACGAAUUCAAGGACUCGGACAAUAUCCGUAACGACCCAAAACCAGAACUCUCUAUCUAUCUACCUGACGCUGUCAUCGGCACUCCUAACGGCGACAAGUUCAACGUCAAGGGCAAAGAUAGAAGUAAGAGCAUCAGCAGCAAGCUGACUGGUUCAUCUGAACUUGCGUUUAAGGCUCACACUGCUGCCGAUGCGCAGAAGUGGUUCGAGGCCAUCAAGGCUGCGGCCGGCUCGACUGGGCCAACUUUUGAGAGCACACCCAACUCGCCUGUUGUUGGUGGGCCUGCUAGCCCGGCCGUGGAAAAGACGGAGUCGGCAGCUCACAAGGAACAAGAAGCGGGCAUCACUGGCGGCGACACCGUCACCAGUCCCGCCAAUAUGUCCCCCGUCAGCCCCUCGCCCAUUUCCCCAGCGGCCGCUCCCACUGAUAAGAAGGCUGCCUAG